AGGUAGGGGAGAACCCGAACCGUGCACGGGAGAGGGAAAUGGUUGCCCAGCAAAAACGGAACAUGUCUUACCGUAUGCUUUCUGACGAUGAUAAUGACGAUGAAGAAAUGGCAGCAAAAAUGAAGUCUGCCGAGCGAAAGACAGCCAAAAGACGGAAACAUUUGCGGAAGAAGGCAGAUGAGUCCGAAUCUAGCGAAGAAGAGCCAACGGAAGCAAAAGAAAGUGCUGAUGAAUCUGGAGAUGAAUGGGAGACAAGUGAGAAAGAACGAAUGAAGGAUCUGGAAGAAAGAGAUGCUUUCUCUGCAAGGUUGAAAGAGAAGGAUAAAGAUAAGCAAAGGAAUGUUAUGGAACGAUCUGAGAAAAAGGUACAGUAUAUGGUGCUAAUUGACAUGUUUGUUCUAGCUAGUUUGAAGACCUUAAGACCUUUUGCAUUUUGUAUUGAGAAGGUGAGCCAUAGAUGCAGUUUGUAAAAGGUUAUCUAUAGAUAUAAGCAUGUUUACAGUAUGUUUCAGUAUUUCCUAAGAGGAAUUAGAUUGAUGUGUUAUGAUUGUGGUGUUUUGACAGGCUUUUGAGGAAGCAAAGAAAAGACUACAUAUGGAUGAUGAAGAUCGAAAAAAAAUGGUAAGCGUAUAUUUGUGAUUUAUCCAAAUAAAUGUCAAAGAAAUAAAGUAAUGUGGCAACAGAAAGUAAUUGUACGGUACAUGGCACUAAAGGUUUAACUUAUCAGCUUAAAGUAAUAAAAUAUUUGUGAUAUUAUAUUAUAUUGAGAUAAAAAUGUUGAUAUUAUAUUGAGAUAAAAAUUAUGGAAAAACUCUGAAUGAUGACUUUGCCUUUUCAAUGAAGCUUCCAAAACUUCGUGAAAAGUCAAGACGUGAAUAUGUAAAAAAGCGUCAAGUCGACCAACUUGACAUGCUACAAGGAGACGUCCAAGAUGAUGAAUACCUUUUUGGCGACUUCAGCUUAAGUAAACAUGAGAAGAAAGAACUUGAAUACAAAAAGACUGUGCUUAAUUUAGCCAAGGAUUACAAAAAAGCUGGAGAGCUUGAGAAAAUUGACAGGUAUGCAGUGUGUAUUAAUUUAGAAUGACUUCUCUGAAUGUCCAUGCAGUCUUCUAGAAAGUUGCUUGGACAUUGACAAAAAUGAAAAAUGGUUGGUCGAAUUGUAAAAAAAAAAUAGUCUUGAUGUUACCAUUAUCUGCCCCAGCAAUCUUCAAGGAUAAACACCAAUUGCUCAAGAUGAAAUUAUCGACAGCAAUUGUUUGUAUUGAAUAUCACAUUGAAGGAGGGACAGUUACAUUGCCAUCAAAGUGCAUUCAAAAUAUCUCGACAGAGAGUGAAUGCCCUUCUUCGGGAGAUUUAAGGGACGGACCAAUAGAAAAGUGAGGGGGGGGGGGAUUUUCUAACAGGCAAUAUUUUUUUGUACUGUACACCUGUAGAAGAAUUUUUUUUCUCACUUGAUGGCUGGAAUUUUUUUUAAUAAGUGAAAUUUAUAGGCCUACAUGUAUCUUCCAAGCUUGGAAUUUUUUUUUUGCACUUUGCCUGGGAAGAUUUUUUUCCUAAUUUUUUUCUGGGAAUGUAUUUUUUUUGUUUUGCUCCCCCUCCCCCCCAUCACUUGUCUAAUGGUCUGUCCCUAAGUUGCCAACAAAGGGCCCUUGCUGUUGAAAAUGUCGAAAGUAUUUUUUGUCCAGAAGGGUUUAUUGAAAUUGCAAUAAAUUGGACUGCAUCUAAUAUUACAUCAUGUCAUCAUGAUCACAAAAAACAUAUGUGUUGAAUGGUACUCUUGUUUGGCAACUAGCUAAAUUUUGAUUGUUUUAAUGCUCACUGCAGAUAUGCCAUGCCAAAGGAAGGAGCCAAGCCAUCAAAAUAUGAUGAUGAGGUUAUCAUUGAGGAAUUGGGGCCAAACUAUGAACAGAAACAAUGGGAAGAAGAUAAGCUUGGACAAGCAAAGAUGAAAUUUGGUGCCAAGGAUGCUAAAUCUAAGAAUAAGGUAACUAGAUGAUAAGAGUAGAAAAAUAAUUGAGCAGUGCAUUGUUGCAGGUUGAACUCAAAUUCAAAAUGAAUCCUUCAAAACUUAUUUGGUCAUGAAUUUUUUCACUAGUUACAGUGUAUUGCUGAAAUUUUUCUUUCACUUCAUGCAAACAAAUUCACCAAGUGGAAAACGGGAUUUAGGUAUAUUGAAAGAGAACAGGUUGUACAUGAAGUUAACAUGUAGCUUUUUGCUUCUGAGUUAAACUUGUUACAGUACCGUAAGUGGUGGGUAGGCCAUGCUGUAGAGUAGGUACUGUAUAUACUGUACUUAGGAUUAUGACUGCCCUUCAGAUUUGUUGUGCUUCAAAACGGAACACAUCCUUAGUUGUCUGCAACAACUCUUAUUGAGCAAUAUAGCAACAUCGUACUGUAUUUUCUAUGGUGAUGUAGGUGAAAGACUAUGAUUUGAUGGUUGAAGAGGAAGAGCAAAUAGCAUUUGUGUUGGCAGAAAAUGUUCCUGGUACAAUUACUGAAAAGGUAAGGAUGACUUGUUUCAUAGAGAGAAAAAAAGAUACAGUAUUUGUUUUUUGUAUUGUGUGAUCCAAUAUUGUUUUUUUGUGGCAGGAACCAGAGUUAUCAGAACAUCAGAAGAAACGAAUGACAAUAGAAGAAGUAUGUGAACAACUUUUCCCUUAUGGUGUUGGCUGAUAAGACAGUAUGAUAUUUAGGCAUAAACCAACAUCUUUUUGUGGGGAAUGGAAAAUUUAGCUCUAAGUAGUGGAAGAACUAAAAAUUACGGGAACCACUGAGUAUUUUAAUAAAAUAUAAAACAACGGUAAUGAUGAUGACUCAAUCUUAGUCGAAAGUUAGAACGAUUAAAAUGUUAUUUUCGGAGUUAGCGUUGUUUUAUAUUUUAGUGGAAGAACACUUACACAACUUUAAAUGGGGACAAGAAAGAGGCUGUUUAACUAACUGAAAUUGCAAUGCUCUAGAAUGUCGGUUUUGGCAUUGUGUAGAAAGUUUUUUCACAAAGAGAAAAUCCUCAUGCCACGUAAGCCCUAGAAAUGCGCCAGCAAAGAUUUGCCUCAGUAAUUAUCCAUUUCAUUGCUAGAAUGGAUGCUUCUUUGCAUGCGACUUUGAUCGGUAGUGAUAAGUUCUUAACGUUUUUUUCUGUUGUCAGACAAGAAAAAGUUUGCCAAUUUAUGCGUACAGACAAAGUUUACUUGAUGCUAUAAAAGAUCACCAGGUAUUUAGUCAAUUCUCGGAAUUAUGCAAACCUAUUGCAGCACUCUUCUCUCGACUAGUAAAUCAUCUGGCAUUAGACAGUCACAGAGUAAAGUAAUACGGCAGGGUGCGCGCCACGCAGUAAUGGGUUAAAUUGUCAUGUUGUAAUCCAAGGCACAAAAUGGGCGAAUUGAGCUUAAAAGUUGCAUUGGGAUUAGGAUUUACAACCAUACCGAUUUAAUGAAAGUACUAGGCGCAUUUUUUGCUAUGUGAGCAAAAGGCCAAGAACUUGCAAAGAAUUCCCCCCCCCCCCUGUCUUGUUGAGCCUCGUUAGGUUGUCAAACCCCACCAACCCUUCAUGCACGCUGUCAAAUAACCAUGUUCUCUGUUAGAAACAAUGUUUGUACACAUUUUUUAUUAGGUUUUAAUUAUCGAAGGUGAAACAGGGUCUGGAAAGACAACGCAGAUCCCACAGUAUCUCUAUGAAGAUGGUUAUACGGAGAAGAAAUUAAAGAUUGGAUGUACACAGCCAAGACGUGUGGCUGCCAUGAGUGUUGCCGCGAGGGUCUCUGAGGAGAUUGGAACCAAAUUAGGCAACGAGGUAUUGGACCAAAGAUUAGAUUACUCGACGUAUUUCACUAAUGUUUGCGUGUCCGUAAUUUUCACUUACUGCCAAAAUGGCGGCGAGACUGAUGGCGUUGGAUUUUACUAUUUAGAGACUGAUGGCGUUGUAUUUGACACUUACUGGCAAAAUGGCGGCUAUAAAAAUAUCUCGGACAUAAUUUUCGCAGAGUGGCACGUUUUUAUAGUAUCUAAUCUUUGAUUGGACUCUUGCAAGUGACGUCGCAACACGUAUUUGUUGACUUCCGCCAUUUUGUGUGGCAAAUUAAAAAUAGUUACUGUAAGUGAAAGAAAACAUGGUGUCAACAAAGCAAUAUUGUGGUACUGACUGUGGCCGUUGCUUUUGUUUACAGUGAAAAUACAAAAAGUGUCCCACUUCCGCUUCUGUAGUUUCUUGUGAUUUACUGUAAUUUGUUCUGUUUUUCUGUAGCGAUUGCCGAUUUAUCGGCAAAUACUGCGAUAAAAUUUAAAUUUCGUACCUUUUAUGCAAUGAAACUAACGAAAAAUGUAUUAUUUCCCUUUGCUACAAAUUAUGAUAUUUAAAAAUAGAGAAAACUAAGUUUUAUCGCGGUAUUUGCCGAUAAAUCGGUAAUCGCUGUAGAAAAACAGAACAAAUUACAGUAAAUCACAACAAACUACAGAAGCGGAAGUGGGACACUUUUUGUAUUUUCACUGUAAGCACUUUGAAGAGUUCUAAUGAUCACAGCUUUGUAAUAGUCGGUUGAAUAAAAGAUUUUUGCCCCCAAAAUGGCGGACUAUUUUUGAUGAUAUUCAUACUGCAUGACUUGAAUAAACAAGAUUAGCCGAUAAUUUGGGUCACCAAUGACCCUAUUCAUACUAGACUAGAGACGGGUGAUUCAGCUCGUAGUGUAUACUGUAAAUGAACUGUAUUUACCGAGAAUAGUGAUUAUCGUAUUGUUGUUUAUAGGUUGGUUACAGCAUCAGAUUUGAGGACUGUUGCUCUGAACGAACAGUUAUCAAGGUACAGUUAUUUUCAUUAAAAAAUUUUUUUUCGUUUUUUUUCAGACGGUUUUCGGUUUUUACCCUGAACCGCCCGACCCUAGGUACAGUAUGCUUGAGACAUGAGUAAAUUUUAGUAGGUGGAUUAAACAAAGUGCAUGUUGUAGGGUUUUCUAGACGAAAAUUUCCAACGAAAAUUAUAUUUCAGACCUAGGCCCUCCGGUAGGAAUCGAACUUGCGGCGCUGUGAUUCCAGUGCAGCGCUUUGAACACUGAGAUACAGUUAUCAAGAACAAACCACAAGUUCAUGUCUAUAUACUGGAGUGAUGCCAGGUUAUGGCACAUACGGGGUAAAUACAUGUAUGCUAGAUUUUGGAAAUCUUACUCGAUACAACAAAAUGCUGAACCGUUUGGGAUGAACAAAGCACUACCAUGCAGCAUUUGGUAUUUAACGGGGAAUUUUGUCAAUAUUUUUUUCAAAUAUGUAAUAUCCUGUGACCAAUGAAAAUAAUUGGAUAUAUUUUAAUUAGCCUUGUUUUCAUGAAUGCGAACUUAAGAAAAUGGACAACGUAAGGGAUGUUUACAUAAUUACGUCACAAGUUACAAGAUAAAAAGGGUGUAUUCUUUAUAUUUUUACAAACAGUACAUGACAGAUGGAAUGCUGCUGAGAGAAUUUCUUGGUGAGCCUGAUCUUGCAAGUUACAGGUAUAGUGCUAGAGUUUGCAUUUUUAUAUCAAGACAGCCGGAUAGAACUACAUGUACACUGAAUCGAUUGGCGUCAAAUUUUUAAGAAUCAUCGAACUUUUAUAUUAGAUAGCUCAAUAAAUAACUCAAUAAAUUCUUUCUAAACCAUCCUCUGCUGUAAGAGUUACUUAAUCCACACGCUGAACUUUUUAUUGGUUUAUUGCAUGUUGAUUUGAUUAUUUCUCAUGUGUAUAGUGUGAUGAUUAUCGACGAAGCUCAUGAAAGAACACUUCACACUGAUGUUUUGUUUGGUCUGGUUAAAGAUAUCGCUCGAUUUAGACCUACACUGAAACUACUCAUCUCCAGCGCGACUUUGGAUGCUGAGAAAUUCUCUAGUGUAUGUAUAUAAACUAUAAACUAGUAUCCAUUUCCUAGUUUUCUUGCUAAGUAUAAACAUCCAUUUCCUGCUAAAGUAUAAGGUAAGAAAAACAAAGCGUACUCCGAACAGAACAUUUCGUGCACUUCAUCAACAAGAAAACUAGAUAUACAAACUUAUUUUAUAGUAGAGAGUGAGAUACUGAAAAAUACACAGUGAGAUAUUUCCAUAUUUUCACUAGCGAAGAUAUCGAUCACGUGACUUUUUCCAAUUUGCUUUUGAGCGUGAAAUUUCACAAUUUUUUGCUUGGGACUAUAUAAUAAACAGAGCAUUACACGGUGGCUUGAAGAUAUGACUUUCAUCUUCUCGUGUUAAAAACAAUAUUGUUUUCACCACUCGAAGAUAAAAGUCAUAUCUUCGCGCCGCCGUGUAAUAUCCUCUAUAUACAGUAUAUCAAAUCUUAAACGCACAAGAUGCUUUCACUCGAAGUUCGUUUUGUUUUAUAAACCUAUAUAUCAACCGGUUUUAGUCGCGGUUUUACCCAUCAAGGGGGGAGGGCAGUCCACCAUGUAUUGCACUGCCCCCCCCCCCCCGAUUGAAACCCACCCGAGGCCAGUCACGUAUACACCAUUGUAAAAAACACUUCUUUUUUGAAUUUUAGUUUUUUGACGAUGCUCCAAUUUUUCGAAUCCCAGGUCGACGUUUUCCCGUUGAUAUUUACUAUACCAAGGUAUGCGUUAGAAAUGACUUGUCUAUUUGCCUAAAAAUUAUCCACAUAGAUUGUUGAGCUCAAAAAAACGGUUCGCAGUUAGCGCUGUCUGUCGUUAAUGUUAAUGUCUCUAGUUUUACUCUAUAUCUAUAGUUUUCCUUGCUAUCCCCAGGCUCCUGAAGCUGACUAUUUGGACGCGGUGGUAGUGAGUGUACUUCAGAUUCAUCUCACUCAAGCUGACGGAGAUAUCUUGGUAUUUCUCACUGGGCAAGAGGAGAUCGAGGCAUCUUUUGAGAUCCUGACCGAGCGCACGAGGAAACUGGGCUCCAAGAUUAAAGAAUUACUUAUUCUCCCAAUCUAUGCAAAUCUUCCUUCGGACAUGCAAGCGAAAAUAUUUGAACCUACCCCACCUGGCGCUAGAAAGGUAUGUAUACACCGAUUGACGGAUUAUCUUGCCGAUAGGUAGCUCUAUCAGAUAUAAACCGUUCUUGUAUAGUUCCAGCACGGCUCAUCCCUUAUUGUUGCAGUGUUACUAAAAGAAUUAAGUCAAACUAAAGCAAUUUUAUUUUACCGGACAAAUCAAUUAGUUCUAGACUCUUCUCCCUAGAAGUACGGCCAAGUGUUGUCACUUGUUAGUCCAGUGCUACUACAUGACGUAAAACUAAUUCAACUUUAGUUAUACUGGAUAGUUCUAUCGGCUCUAGAUUGUCCAUUUCUUUUCCCUAAAGGCUAGUAAGAGUUAUCGAUCCCGUGUUACUGUAGGAGGAAACCGGAGUACCCGAUGAAAACGUGUAGUAAGACUUCAAGCAUUCUUUCCGCAAGAAACUCAAGUGCAAAUCGGAGCAAGUCAAGGUGAUUACAUGAAGAGGAUUUUCUGGGUUUUUGGAAUUUGGGUGUCACGGAAUUCUUGAGAAACCGGUCUUGGUCACACUACAGGACUACUACUGUACUCACAUGCUUUUAUAAAUUUUAAUAAACAACGGGAAAAAUAUAAGCUUUAAGGUUUUAUAUAUUAAGUCAGCCAUCUUGGUUCUUUUUCAAAAUCCUGUUUCUUUCACCCCCGCAGAGCUACACAUCUCCCCCUAGCGUUCAGUUUUAAAACUAAAGAUUUGUGACAUUGGGAUUUGCUAUAAUAACCCAAGCAGUGUUCAAGAAUAAGUUCAUACAUAUCUUUCUGACUAACCUAUUGUAAUUUAUCAUAACUUUGACACAAGAGUGGGUAUGGUAAGGUCAGAUCCAGGGUUUUGCACCAAUAAUUACAUGUGAUGACUCUAAUCCGAUCACCAUGACUUCCUUCGCGAUCAUUGGUCGGGCUAGAGCAAACCUAUUUUCAGUUUAGUGCCGAUCAGUCUUGUUUGUUUACAUCAGGUCGUCUUGGCAACAAAUAUAGCAGAAACCUCUCUGACCAUAGACGGAAUUAUUUACGUCAUUGAUCCUGGAUUUUGCAAACAGAAGAGUUACAACCCCAGGACUGGCAUGGAAUCUUUAGUUGUCACACCUAUCUCAAAGGUAUAUUUUGUAAAUUUUGCGAUUCUCAGUUACUGUACCUAACCAGCAUUUAAUUUUAAACCCACCCUACAGCCCACCCUACAGUGGAUAAAGGCCAAUAUAUUUAUAUCAGAAUACUAGUACAAUGACUUUUUAGAGGUUGGGAUUGCUCUUUAGUGACCAAUCAAACUCAUUGUUCAUCUAGGCCUCAGCCAAUCAACGAGCAGGACGUGCUGGUCGUGUUGCUGCAGGGAAAUGUUUUCGUCUCUACACAGCCUGGGCUUACAAAAAUGAACUAGAAGAUAAUACAAUACCCGAGGUAUGUAGUGGAGGGGUGCAGAUUUUUAACCAGGGUGGCAAAACUGACCGUCCAAAUAAUACCGUGGUUGUGGUAACGUAUUUUUGUGGACAUGGCGCUUACACACGCAAAAAUCUCACAUCUUGUAGCGAGUUUGUCAACAGGCCGUGAACAAGUUGUUUUCGCACUACUUGUCACAAGUUGUCGACAAGUUUGGAACAAGCUGUUAACAAUUUGUAACAACCUUGUUGGUGAUAUUAGGCUUGUUACAAGGUUGUUCCAACAAGUCCGAUACAGUCAUGAUAUAGCAGUAUUGUUACAACUUUGUGUCAUCAACCUUGUAACAUUCUUGUUUAUCAUGAUUGUAUCAGACUUGUUAGAACAACCUUGUGACAAGUCUGAUAAUGCCAUCAAGCUUGCUACAAGUUGUCAACAGCUUGUUCCAAACCUGUUAUAACAACUGGGAACAAGCAGUGCGAACACAACUUGUCGACAGCUUGUGAACAGAUUUGUAACAACUUGUUUGCAGACUUGUAACAACUCGUGCGUUUUUACGUGUGUAGUACACGCGUGAAAACGCACAGCUUGUAGCAAGUCUGCAAACAAGUUGUUACAAGUCUGUUCACAAGCUGUCAACAAAUUGUGUUCGCACUGCUUGUUCCAA